AUGAAUCAAAAGGCUUACACCGGCGAUUUCCGAACCCUGCUGCAGCACACAUGCGCCGGUGAUUCUCGACUGAUACCUACAUCGGCAACAUUUUCAGGUUUGCCCUCCAACCAUCGUUUUCGUACACCACCGCCGACGCUGCCCCGUACUACCACCGUCGCUGCACCAUACCACCACCAUCGCUGCCCCACACCACCAUCGGCGACACCCCAGGUAAAUGAGUUGUGACAACAAGUGUCAAACAUGCAACAAGCCAAGGAUGAAAAGCAAAGUCAAAUGGAUUUGCAAAUGCAACAAAUGCGAAAUGAAAUGGAAUUGCAAGUGCAAUGACAAUUGACGGACUUUUUGAAACAAAUCAAUCCGUCCGGUAAUCCACCAGGUAGUUCUUAGUUUUUGUUUUAAAACACUUGAUCAAUGUUAUGUUAUUAACUAGUUCUUAGCUUUUGUCAUGGUGUUGUAAUGGUAUUUUGAGUAUUUGAAUGUAUG